AUGGAACAACCUUUUGAGUCAAUCUUGAUAGCAAGAAGCUCAUCUAUUCUUCUGCAGUCAGCCAAUGACUUAAGAUCCUACCGACUGAAAACGGUUGGAUCACUGGCCAAGGUGAGAAGAGAUCUGAAAAUUCAGCAAAAGACACCUAAAGGAACGGGCCAAGGACAUGGUUCCGAAGGUAAAUCAUUAUACAAACAAAAAACAGUUACUGCAGAGGAUUUAGAGUCAAAUUCUAAGAUUGGAAAUGUUCUUCUGCUAUUGGCAGAGGCUUCCUGGGCCCAUGCCAUGGAAACCAAGGCUAUUUCUGAAGCCAACGCAUCAGCAUCUAGAACCCGUCGAGUGGUAUCAAAACUAGCUAAAGCUGUUAACUAUGCCACAACUCUUAGCGAGAAUGUGAAGGAUUUAGCCUCUAUUUCUGACUUGACUAAGUUUGAAAUUUACAUCUAUCAGUCGCUCAUUGAGGGUGCCUUGAGAUUCGAACAACAUCAAUGGGCCAAGUCUGUGCAGUUGUAUUCCACGGCACGAGUAUUGUUGGUCGAAUUUCUCAACAAUACCAAAACGGAAAAGUUGGAAAGAUCUCGAGAGCUAAUCAACGAUCUCAUUUCUACAACUGUUGAUCCUGCUCUCGGAUUCGCUGUAUACAAGACAGGCCACAAGCGAUCCACCGACCUGCCAACCCUGGCAAAGUUAUCUGUUGAUAAAGAAUCCUUGGCUAUCAAGCUUUUGCUUGAGAAGUUUAACCCAACUGCUCUAGAAGUGGCUGAUGCAUCUAACCCAUCGGUUCUGUUAGGUAAAAUUACCUGGAGAAAUCACUCGGCAUCAGUCAUUGAUCCAGACUUGGCCACUCAAAUUAUCGCUGCUCAAGAUCUUGAUGGAAAGUUGCAAAAUGAGCUGGACGCUGCAAAACUAAAGUCGGCUACUAGUUUUGAUGCCACUUUACAAGGUUGGCAAGAUGCCCUUGAUCUUAUCAAGGAGUCGAUUGAUAAGUUUGAGACUUCAUCCAAGAAUCAGACUCAUGAUCAAUCUCAACAGGACCAAUAUGUUAUUCUUACUUACAUUAGCUACAAUCUGCUUCUAAGAAGAAUCCAGCGUGAUAGGUUGUUUGUUGAACAACUGUCAAACAAAAAGUCAUCAUCUAAAUCCGUGUCGUCCCAACUGACUAGUUAUAGAGAUGUUGUACGAAUUUAUGAGACAAUUCUUCAGAGUGUGUCUCAACUGAUUGAGUUGCCUGGUGUCCAUAACGAUGAAACUUUUUCAAAUGCCCUUGAUGUUGUCAAUAGAUUUUUCAAGGCUCAGAGAACAUUCCUAAUUGCAAAGUCAUACAGACUAGUGGGCGACCAAAAGAAAGAAUCUUUGUCGCUAUUUGAACUUGCCAGCAAAUUCAUUUCAAGUGAGGACGCUCAGGUAAUUACAGGAGCUGACCUUCCUAGCGGUCUAUUGUCUGUUGAUGAAGUCGAGACAUUCGUCAAAGACUUAAAGGCUGAGCUUGUCAGAGCGCAUGGUAUUGCAGCCUUUGAAGCUUUAAGCAACCAGAAUUCAAACUCUUCACAUUCAUCGCUGCUUUCAGUCAGUGACGAUCUUACCAAGUACCCUAGUGGUAGUCCUUCCGAAAUUGUGAGAAACCUCGUCAAUUUUAAACCUCACGUACAACCUGUCCCUGUCAAGCCAGUAUUCUUCGACAUUGCAUUCAACUAUAUUGAUUACGAUGAUGAUAGCAAGAAGGCUGUUUUAACAGCUGAGCCAUCUGAGCCAGCUUCUGCAACUCCAUCAGCCCCUGGUUCGGGCGCUUCAACUCCUCGUAGAGGUUUCUUCGGUGCCCUCCUUGGCCGAAGCUAA